AAAGAAGAAGACGUGUUGCCUGUGGUCCAGUUGCUUAGCUGCAGCUCAGCAGGUAACCAGACUGUCAACAAGUUGUCAUCGGCCGCGGUCAGAUUAGCUUUAGAAGCGUUAAACUUGAACCUCUCCGGCCACUCCGAUGGGUCACGGCGGCAGACAUUCAGAGGUGAAGAAUAUUAAGAUUAAUUGAGGAGCUGAUGUCCGACCCUGGUGUUCCUGCAUUAACAUCAGCAGCAUCAGAGGAAUUCACAUAAAGCAGCCGCUCCGUCAGGGUGACCACAAUGGCUGCGGCCAGCACCACCACCAAGAUUUCAUGGAGACUCCAUGAGUUCGAGGCUCACACUAGUAACGUCUCCUGUUUAGCUCUGGGGAAAGGCUCCGGCCGCCUGCUGGCCACCGGAGGGGAGGACUGCAGGGUCAACAUCUGGGCGAUCAACAAAGCCAACUGUGUCAUGAGUCUGACGGGUCACAAAAACCCAGUGGAGUGUGUCCAGAUCAAUACGUCCGAGGAGCAGGUCGUCACCGGGUCACAGUCCGGAUCCAUACGAGUCUGGGACCUUGAGGCUGCGAAAAUUUUAAGGACUCUGAUGGGACACAAAGCCAACAUCACCAGCCUGGGCUUCCAUCCAUUCGGAGACUUUAUCGCCUCAAGUUCCAUGGACACGAACAUUAAGCUGUGGGAUGUACGGAGGAAAGGCUAUGUGUUUAGGUGUAAGGGUCAUACGCAGGCUGUACGGAGUCUGGCCUUCAGUCCAGACGGGAAGUGGUUGGCCUCGGCCAGCGACGACUGCACCAUCAAGCUGUGGGACCUGACUCAGGGGAAGACGAUUACGGAAUUCAAGUCUCACACAGCAGCCGUCAACAUCGUCCAGUUCCACCCCAACGAGUACCUGCUGGCCUCGGGCAGCUCCGACAGAACCAUCAAGUUGUGGGAUCUGGAGAAGUUUACCAUGAUCGGCUCGUUGGAGGGAAACACCAGUCCCGUCAGGUGUGUACUCUUCAGCCCAGACGGCAGUUGUCUGUACAGUGGGGCCACAGACUCCCUGAGGGUGUACGGCUGGGAACCGGACCGCUGCUUUGACACGGUGUCGGUGGGUUGGGGCAAUGUCUCGGACCUGUCCAUCUGCAGCCAGCAGCUGAUCAGCGUUUCACACCAGCUCUCCACCGUCUCGUCUUACGUGGUCGACCUGAAGAAGGUGAAGAAGACCGGCGGCUCCGUGAUCCAGGGCAUCAUUCAGGACAAUCAGCCGCUCACAGACCCCAAGGAUCCGAAAGGAGCCGCUCUGAGAAGGAGCUACGAACGACCCACAACCACCUGCAGCGCACAGAGGGUGAAGCAGAGUUCAGACAGCGACCGGCGGAGCCCUGAAGGUGAGAGGCGGAGUCCCAGUGAGGACGAGGGGGACGAGAAGGUGUCUUCAGCAGAGAUCCACAAUGCAGAGGACUACAAGGAGAUCUUCCAGCCAAAGAAUGCCAUCUCUCGUACGCCUCCCAAGAUGUCGGAGCCAUUUCCUGCUCCACCAGAGGACGAGUCGAUCGUGGGGAUCAGCCACCAGCUCAAGGACAUCGCUCCAUUUCCUGAGAAGCCACAGAUUCCUCCUCUGGCCUCGUCCACUCCCGUCCAGAGGGUGGAGCCCACAGUGGUCUCGUGUGCAAAGCGCCCGGCCGUGGGGGAGGGGGCGCCCACCGCCUGGCCCCCGCCUCAGCCUGCAGUCAGCACCGCCAAAGCUAAACCCCAACACCACCCCAAAAUCAUCCUGAGCACCAGGAACGAGCCCAUCGGACUCAACGUGGCCGACUUCCUGCCUUCUUCAUACAACAACCGACCCGGAGCGCUGAGCGACGAGGAGGCUCUGUCCCAGAUCAGGAAGGGCCACGACACCAUGUGUGUCAUGUUGAGCAGCCGACACAAGAACCUGGAGACGGUCCGGUCCGUGUGGGCCAGAGAGGACAUCAAGAAGGCUCUGGACACAGCCGUGUCCAUGAACGACCUGGCAAUCGUCGUGGACUUACUCAACAUCAUCAACCUUCAGCCGUCGCUAUGGAAACUGGACCUGUGUACUACAAUCCUUCCUCAGAUCGACAAACUGCUGCAAAGUAAAUAUGAGAGUUACAUGCAGACCGGCUGUACGUCUCUGAAACUCAUCAUGAAACACUUCUGGAUACUCAUCUCAGACACGCUGAAGGCGACGCCGUCUGUCGGAGUCGACAUCACACGGGAAGAAAGACAUCAGAAAUGCAGAACCUGCUGCAAACAGCUCAAGAACCUCAGCAAUGUAGUGAAGAACAAGGCAGCGCAGGUCGGUCGUCACGGAAGCGCCUUCAAAGAGCUGCAGCUACUCAUGGGUCCACUGGACGACUUGCUCUGAGACUGAAGAUGACCACGUUCGACCGCCACCCGGAGGAUUCCGUUUGUACCAGGACCUGAUCUGCCGGACAGAGAGGAUGGACAGGACGUCACCUGAAACAUCUAGAAAUGCUCAUUCCAAGCUUCGUUUCCUAGGUUUUCGACAAAUCCUCGGACUCAUCAGAGCAAAGACACGUUCACGAAGCAUUAUUUAAAGAUGAACUCUGAAGGCAUUUGACCAGAAUCAGGAGGAUCUUUGACGUGCCUGUUAAAAAGCUGAUUUCUAAAGCUUUCACGACGCAGAUAAAACGACUGACAAUAAAACCAGACAAAAGGAGACCAACCAAGUUCUGUUUAACCCAUAAAAACUGCACUACUAGGUUCGUUAUUUUCACAUGUAGAGAAAUUGGUCAAUAUACAAACAUGAAGAAGGGGGUCAUCUGUUUGGAGCCCCCACCUGCCUGAACCCGUGGUCCCAGGACGUUAAACUACCGAUGAAAUCAAGUUCAACAAACCACUGACUGAUGACACCUUUUAGGAUCGAUGUUUUUCUACAGUCUGUACUUUUCUCAAACCUAGAUUCACUAUUUUAAUGUUCGAAAUGUUUAUUUAAAUAAAGUUGUACAUGUUGGGA